AAUCCGCGUUUUUUUUCUCUCUCUCUCCCUCCCUUUCCCCCUCCCCACCCCCUCCCCAACAGCCCCCAACUACAGCCGCCGCCGCCGCCGCCGCCGCCUCAAAAUUCAAUAAAAUGAGCUCUUAUUUCGUCAACUCACUGUUCUCCAAAUACAAAACCGGGGAGUCCCUGCGCCCCAAUUAUUAUGACUGCGGCUUCGCCCAGGACCUGGGCGGCCGACCCACCGUGGUGUACGGUCCCAGCGGCGGCGGCAGCUUCCAGCACCCGUCGCAAAUCCAGGAGUUCUACCACGGGCCGUCGUCGCUGUCCACCGCUCCCUACCAGCAGAACCCGUGCGCCGUGGCGUGCCACGGGGACCCGGGCAACUUCUACGGCUACGACCCGCUGCAGCGGCAGAGCCUGUUUGGUGCGCAGGAUCCAGACCUGGUGCAGUACGCCGACUGCAAGCUCGCGGCCGCCAGCGGCCUGGGCGAGGAGGCCGAGGGUUCAGAGCAGAGCCCGUCGCCCACACAGCUCUUCCCCUGGAUGCGCCCGCAAGCAGCCGCCGGACGCAGGCGAGGCCGACAGACCUACAGCCGCUACCAGACCCUGGAGCUGGAGAAGGAGUUCCUAUUUAAUCCCUAUCUGACUCGCAAGCGGCGGAUCGAGGUAUCGCAUGCGCUGGGACUGACAGAGAGACAGGUCAAAAUCUGGUUCCAGAACCGGAGGAUGAAGUGGAAAAAAGAGAACAACAAAGACAAGUUCCCCAGCAGCAAAUGCGAGCAGGAGGAGCUGGAGAAACAGAAGCUGGAGCGGGCCCCGGAGGCGGCGGACGAGGGCGACGCGCAGAAGGGCGACAAGAAGUAGGCUCCAGCUGGGACUGCCAGGGCCGCGGCGCCCUCCGUCCGUGGGCCCCCCGACCACGCCACGGCCGUCGCCCGCCCCCGCCCGAGAGAGCUCUGGCCCCGCAAGCGGGGCCCGGAGCCCGGCCUCCCGCCGCAGCGUCCCCCGCCGCGCCAGUCCCCGCUAGUGGUAGUAUCUCGUAAUAGCUUCUGUGUGUGAGCUACCGUGGAUCUCCUUCCCUUCUCUUGGGGGCCGGAGGGGGGGGGGUGAAGAAAAGGAUUUUAAGCAAGGACUCCCUCGCCCUGCGAGGGUGAGCGGCUGCGGCCUGGCUGAGCCCCCCACGCCCCGCCCCGUGUAAAAAGCCUCCUUGUGCAAUGGUCUUUUUUCCUUUGAACGUGCUUCUUUGUAAUGACCGAGGUACCAAUUUCUGCUAAGUUCUCCCAACAACAUGAAACUGCCUAUUCACGCCGUAAUUCUUUCUGUCUCCCUCUCCUUCUCUCUCUUCUCUCUCUCUCUCUCUUUCUCUCUCUCUCUCCGUCCUCAUUUCCCCCUCCCAACCCCUCUCUCCCCGCUGCCCUCCCUAGCUCGCUGGCUUUCUCUCUUGCUUCUCUCUUUUCCUCCCAACCCCCCCCUUUGGUUUGGCAAUUUCGUCUUAAGUGUUUCUCAAAAGAGGUUACUUUAGUUAGCAUGCGCGCUGUGGGCAAUUGUUAAAAGUGUUCUUAGGUUUACUGUGAAGAGAAUGUAUCCUGUAUCCGUGAAUUGCUUUAUUGGGGGGUGGGAGGGCUAAUUAUAUAUUUUGUUGUUCCUCUAUACUUUGUUCUGUUGUCUGCGCCUGAAAAGGGCGGAAGAGUUACAAUAAAGUUUACA